AUGGCUGGGAAACACGCCCUCAUCUUCGGGGCCAGCGGCGUCACUGGCUGGUCUUUCGUCAACGAGAUCCUGCACGAUUACCCCUCGCAAGGUGUAUGGAACGGCUGCACCGCCCUGACAAACCGGCCUCUCAAUCUGGACAAGACCCUCUGGCCCAAGGACGACAGGCUCUCGGUUGUGUCGGGGAUUGAUCUGCUCGAAGGCAGCCAGGAUGAGCUGAAUAGCAAGAUGAAAGAAAGAAUUCCCGGACUAGAGCAAGUGACGCAUGUCUACUACUUGGCAUACAAGGCCCACACCGAUGGAAACUUCGAGGCAGAGUGCCGCGAAAACGUCGACAUGUUCAAGCGCGCCAUCACAGCCAUCGACGCCCUCUCACCGGCCCUCGAAUUCGUCGUCCUGCAAACCGGAGCCAAGGCGUACGGAUGCCACCUCCUCCGCAACCGCCCCGCCAACAUGGUACCCCCCCUAGCCGAAACGCUGCCGCGUAUGACCCCGCCGCACGACACCGGUCUGUUCUACUACCCCCAACUCGACUGGCUCGCCGACUUCGCGCGCAACAAGCCGUGGUCCUGGUGCGAGACGCGGCCGGACAUCAUCAUCGGCUUCGUGCCCAACCAGAACUGGUACUCCCUCGGCAUGGCGCUGGGCGUGUUCUUUAGCCUGUGGAGGCACGUGCACGGCGUCGGCGCCGAGGUCCCCUUCCCCGGCACGCGGGACAGCUGGGAGGCGCUUAGCCAGGAUGCGUCGGCGGAUAUGAUUGCGCGGCAGACGCUGCAUCUCUCCGUUGCGGCGGCGGGGGACGGACGGGUGGAGAAGGGUGCGGCGUUUAAUGUGGCGGAUGAGCGGCGGGCGAGUUGUUGGCGGGAGAAGUGGCCUGUCCUGGCUGGGUAUUUCGGACUCCGGGGCGUGAAGCGGGACGAGGACAAUCCUGUCGAAGUGAGGGGUUUCAUCAAGGAGAACUUGGCCGCCUGGGAGGAGAUGGAGGGGAAGUAUGGGCUUGAGAAGGGCCAGGCGGACCAUCCGAGGAUUUACCCUGGAUUCGAGCACUUUUUGCUCACGCAGUUUGACAUUGACCGGCACUAUGAUAUGAGCAAGAUGUACAACGGGACGGGGUUCAGCGAGGAACGGACGACGCUGCAGGCUUGGGGAGGGGUCUUUGAUCGGAUGAAGCGGGCUAAGAUUAUUCCUGACUUUGUUGAUUGA